AUGGCCUGGAGAACCUCCGGCAUCCUCUCCCGUCGCUACAGGAACCGUCGACGCUACAUAUUAUUAUUCCUCCUUUUCAUAUGCGUCUGGUUUGGAACACAGAUUAUCUCCAUCUGUCAGCAUCUUGCGGCCGCCGACGAGCGUGAACCAGGACACCCCCGUCGAGGAGAACGCAUUUUCAUUGCCAGCAUCCACUGGAACAACGAGGCUAUUCUCCGCAGCCACUGGAAUAAUGCCGUCGUGGAUCUCGUCCAGGCCCUGGGGGUUGACAAUGUGUACGUGAGCAUCUUCGAGAGCGGAAGCUGGGAUAACUCGAAGGGAGCCCUGCGAGAGUUGGAUACCAACCUCGAUCGGCUGGGUGUCAGGCGAAAUAUCACCCUGUCGGAUGUGACGCAUCAGGAUGAGAUCUCUGUGCCCCCGGGUGACGAGGGCUGGAUCGACACGCCGCGGGGUCGCAGGGAGCUGAGACGGAUACCAUAUCUGGCGCGGCUGCGCAAUCUCACACUGCAGCCGCUGAAGGAGCUUGCAGAACAGGGUAUCACUUUUGAUAAGAUCCUGUUUCUUAAUGAUGUGGUUUUUACAACACAAGAUGUGUUCAACCUCCUAGAUACAAACGACGGUUCGUACGCAGCUGCCUGCUCGCUGGACUUCUCCAAACCGCCUCGAUACUACGAUACAUUUGCGCUCCGCGAUUCCAGCGGCUACGAGCAUGUAAUGCAGACAUGGCCCUAUUUCCGCUCCUCCAAGUCUCGAAAUGCCUUGCUCAAAAUGAACCCUAUCCCGGUCACUAGCUGCUGGAACGGCAUAGUGGCCAUGGACUCCCUCCCCUUCCAAUCCUCCGUCUCCCCCCUCCGCUUCCGCGGCACCCCCGACUCCCUCGCCCUCACCCACGUCGAAGGCUCCGAAUGCUGCCUCAUCCACGCCGACAACCCCCUCUCCAAAUCCAAGGGUGUAUAUCUGAACCCCCGCGUGCGCGUCGGCUACAACGGCCCCGCCUACACCGCGGUCCACCCAACGCGCAGCUGGCUCUCCAUCUCCGAGAUUGCGUUGGGACUGUGGGAGAACUGGUGGCGCCGCACGUUCACGACGCAGUGGUUCAAGCAGACUGUGAUACGGCGGAGAGUGGCGGGGUGGAAGAGUGAGCGUGCGAGAGUAGAUCAGUCUCGGGAGGAGUCUGGCGAGUUUUGUUUAAUUAAUGAGAUGCAGGUGCUUGUUUCUAAUGGGUGGGCCCAUGUUUAG